CUGAUAUAAUUGUCCAAGUGUGUCGCCAACCAAUAUGUCUGAUCAUGACAUCCCAAACUCAGAACCACCAGCAGCUCAACCAACGGAGCCAAAGUGUCGAGCCGUGGGCGGCACCGAGUACAGCUGGUGCAAAGCAGUACCACUUGGCACCGGCGUCACAGUCCUAGGCCUCCUCCUCUCAAAACCGCCGGACCUCCCACUUUUCCAAAAUGCCCUCCACAAUCUCCAAAAUUCCCACCCUAUCCUCCGCUCCAAGCUCCGCUACGACCCCACCGCCACCACCUUCUCAUUCCUCACUCCCCAAAAUCCCCAACCCCUCCUCCAAAUCCAGCCGUUCGAUCUCCAAUCAACGUCCCGGAUCCUCCAAACCCACCCGAACCAAUCGAGCUCCGUCACCCCCUUCCGCCUCAUCGUCGAGCACGAGAUCAACAACAACACCACGUGGCGCAAUCCUGAGCAUCCGUUGUAUGCCGACAAGGACAUCAUGUACGCCAGCGUGUACACUCUGAGCGAAGCCCAGUGGGCCUUCACUCUGAGACUGCACACGUCAGCAUGCGACCGCACGGCGGCGGCGUCGCUGUUGAGGGAGUUGUUGGAGUUUGUGACUGCGAUGAGCGGAUAUGGGGAAGGGGCAGAAAGGGAAAUUGGGGAUAAUGUGGAGGUUAAUUUGGGGAUUGAGCAAAUGAUUCCUGCUGGGAAAGCUAACAAGCCGUUUUGGGCGCGUGGGGUUGACAUGCUUGGUUACUCCUUGAAUUCGCUUCGGCUCUCUAAUCUGGAUUUCAUUGACGUCGAUUCGCCUAAGCGUUCUCAGCUUGUGAGGCUUCAGAUGACUCCACUCGAUACUCAGAAGCUUCUUGCAGGCUGCAAGUCCAGAGGAAUUAAACUAUGUGCAGCCUUGGCAGCAGCUGGAUUGAUUGCAGCUUAUUCCUCUAAAAAACUUCCUGAUCAUCAGAGAGAGAAGUAUGCUGUCGUAACUCUUAUAGACUGCCGUUCAAUUCUUGAUCCAGUGCUUUCCAGUCACCAUAUAGGAUUCUACCACUCUGCCAUCAUGAAUACACAUGACAUAUCUGCAGAAGAACAGUUAUGGGAGCUGGCAAAUAGAUGCUACACGUCCUUUGCAAAUGCUAAGAAAUCCAACAAGCAUUUUUCUGACAUGUCUGACCUUAACUUCCUCAUGUGUAAGGCCAUUGAGAAUCCCACUUUGACCCCAUCAUCAUCCAUGAGAACUGCCCUCGUCUCGGUGUUUGAGGACCCCAUUGAAGAUUUUAGUAAAAUCCAUCAGCAGCUCGGUAUUGAGGAUUAUGUGGGAUGUGCUUCAGCCCAUGGUGUAGGUCCAUCCAUCGCCAUAUUCGACACAAUCCGAAAUGGUGGUUUGGAUUGUACAUGUGUGUAUCCAUCUCCCCUGCAUUCAAGGGAGCAGAUGCAAGGGCUAAUUGAUGAUAUGAGGAGAAUUCUUGUGGAUGCUUGUAACCAGUUGGGGAGUGAGAGCUAGAAGCCUUAAUUCUUUCUGUUUUGAGCUUGAUCUUCUCUUAUGAGCUUGUUGCCACUGGCUAGCCCAUUAUUGUUAUUCAAAUCUGUGUAAUGUAGGUUUUCCAGUA